UAGAAAUAUUUUCAACUUGGUAUGGGAUUAUCAUGCUCCUCCAUAUUCAGGUGUUUCUUGUCUCUGAGACUGGUGACCUGUAUUUUCAUUUUCGAGACAAUCUGCUGUCAGAUAUGUCAGAUAAGGUCAGAAUUUUCCUGGAUUUGCUGGCCAUGCUGGUUUUGUUUUCCGUGUAUGGGGGCCUCUUAUUUCAUUUCCGAGACAAUCUGAUGUCAGAAAUUCCAACUUGGGCCAGAAUUUUCCUAGUUUUGUGGAUUCUCCUGGUUUUUAGUGUUCAUGUGGGUCUUUUAGUCUUUUUUCGGCAAAAUUUUAUGUUGGUUUACAGGGUGGAGGAGGAUUCAGGAGUGGAGUCUGUUCUGUUGCCAUUUAAAACUUCACUCCGUCUGCCUAAAGAAAUCCAGGUAACAUGGACAAACAACUCUGACAGAAUCAUCCACAAGGCUCAGGGGAGCUCAUGUGGCUUGCUAAGGCUAGAAGAACAAGACUUCCAGUACGCAGACAGAACAGAGAUGGACAAAACUUUUACAUUGGGAGACCUCAGUUUGAUAUUGAAGAAUCCCACAGACAGAGACACAGACAGCUACACAUGCACCGUCUCUAAGAAAUCAGGAAAAAUCCUGGUCAAGAAAAAAGUUCUGCUCAAUGUCAAAGCUGGACCUGAUUCUCUCAUCAUAGCCAUAGACUUUGGUUCAGGAUUCAGUAGCUACGCCUUCAAUGUUAAACCCAGAGAGGAAGGAGGUGAGACCCAGAUAAAGAGAUGGAGUAAUGGACUUGGACUAGACACCCCAAAGACUCCAACCUGCAUCCUGUUUGAUGAACAUGAAGAAUUUAUGAAGUUUGGUUAUGAAGCUAAAACAGAAUUCAACGAAAUGAGAGAAGGAGAGGCUGAGAAAUAUUAUUUCUUUGACAACGUCAAUAUCGCUAUCCAGGGAAAAGACACCAGCAAGCAGACAAUUAAAGCAGCAAAUGACAAGUCAAUGAAGGUCCUGAAGGUUUUUACAGAAGUUCUGAGAUUCCUGAAGGACGAUGCUCUGAAAACCAUCAGAUCUCAUCCAGAAGGUGGAGAGUUCACAGUGUUCGACUUCACCUGGGUGCUGACUGUUCCUGAACUCUUAAAGGAUUUUUGUAAAAAGUUCAUAAUAGAAGCUGCAACUCAGGCUGGUCUUGUAACAGACGACACUAAAGACAAACUGAUGUUUGUUUUGGAGUCAGAAGCAGCUUUGACCUGGUGUUUGAAGCUUCAAUCUGAUGGUUUCAUCACACAGAACCACAGCAGAGACUCACAGGAUCAACCUGCAGGAGCAGCAGAACCUGAUACCAGCUGUAACGAUCCAGUAGGAAGUCAGGAGGCCGUACAGUUUACUGUGGAACCAGAAGAAACCAAAGUUCUGCUGGAAACCCAAAGAGACGGGAAACGGUACCUUGUUGUCGACUGUGGAGAUAAAAAUAUUCACUUCACUGUUAAUGAAGUCCUGGAAGGAGGAGCCAUGAAGAAGCUGCACAAUGACUCUAUGUACAAUCUGGGAGGAAAACAUGUGAAAAGAAAAUUCAAAAAUUCCCUGAGAGAAAUUUUCUCUUAUGAAGUCUGGAAUGAAUAUGAAAAAAAAUUCCCCAAUGAGGUUCAGAAGAUGAUGUAUGAUUUUACUCGUCUCAAACAUUUAGGUGAAGAUGUUCAAAUCAGUUGCCCGGGUAACCUGGUCAUGUUGGCUCAGAAACAGAAAGAGAUUAAAACGUUCUUUGAUUCAGUGGAAGGAGCUUCCUGGGAUGAUGGAUCUAUCAGAAUCUCCAGAGAAAAACUCAAAUCUUUCUAUAAUGAGAGUCUGCAGGGAAUCACCAAGAAACUUAGAGAAAUAUUAGACAAAAAUCUCAACAUUGGGUUUAUUGUGUUAGUGGGAGGAUUUGCUGAGAGCCAGAUUCUACGUCAGCACAUCACUGAUCAGUUUGGACCUCAGUAUAAAGUCCUGUGUCCUCUUAGACCCCAGGAAGCGAUCCUGAAAGGAGCCGUAGAGUUGGGGAGAAACCCAAACUUGGUGGAGUCUCAGAGAAAACAUCCAGCUUGGUUCAAAUGUUUAUCAUGAGAUUUAAUUCUCCUUUUUUUUGUUCUGAAUAAUCCAGACAAUGUCUAUAGUUUGUUUUCUUUUGGUCUGUUUGUUUUACUAGUUGAUACAAUUGUAAAAUGUUUUCCAUGGUCCAUCUUUUUCUGUUUAGAACCAGAAACCAAUAAAUCAGUCUUGAAUUUGUAAACUGAAUUAAAAAUAAAAGUUAUUUUUUAUUUAA